AUGGAGCUGAGUAAAAGCGACUUCAUACGCCUGUACGAGUCGAACCUGAUACCUCUGAGAGUCGUUUUGGCGGCCUUGGUCUGGGUUCUCCACGACUACUUUAUUACCUUGGAGGACGAGGUGGUAUACAUCUGGAGUCAGAAACGGAGUUUAGGGAAAUUUAUGUUCUUAUGGGUACAUUGGUGCAUCUCACUCUCAAAGACAAUCACAGUUGAGGCUAUGUUGGCACACCAGGUUCGGUACUACACUAUAUUUCUGGUCGCUUUCGACACACUCCAAAUCCAUACCUUCGCCAUCCCGGGGGUUGCUACCGAUAAGUUAUGCGUUGCUGCUGACCCUGUCACCCGACUAGCAGGGGCGAUAAGCCUCUGGUCGGUUGAAAUCAUCAUGCAACUUAGGAUCUACGCCCUCUUCAACCGUUCGAAACCUGUUGCCGUAUUCAAUGCCCUGCUCUUUCUCGCCUCGAUUGGAAUCUUUCUCUGGAUUAUGAUAGUUAACGCUAUGAAGCGGGGGAAGGCAAUCUCUCAAGCUCUCCACCUACCUCUCCCUGGUUGCCCAGUCAUCAAUGGUGGAACCGAGUGGUCGCUCUGGAUCGCCCCGACUGUCUUCGAAUUCAUUCUCUUCCUUUUCGUGGUUUACAAGAGCCUUGUGUCAGUAUCAGCGCGUAUUAGGCUCAACCAGCGUGUAUCCUUGACUGCAGUGCUGUUGCAGGAGAAUAUGCUGUACUUUUUCAGUGUCGCCUGUCUUUUAAUAUUUAAUAACUUGAUGGUCGUGGGUGCCACCCACAUUCCGUGGUUUGGAUUCGGCGAUAGGGAUCGUAACAUGCCGCAUGCUGAUCCAUCUUCGUAA